GGGCUUGGGGGCGUUAGAGGCGGAGUCGGGGAAGGCGGUGGCUCCAGAGAUGGCAGUGAGCGAGAGGAGGGGGCUCGGCCUCGGGAGCCCCGCGGAGUGGGGGCGGCAGCUACUUCUGCUGCUGCUGCUGGGCGGCUGCUCUGGGCGCAUCCACCGGCUGGUGCUGACGGGGGAGAAGCGAGCAGACAUCCCGCUCAACAGCUUCGGCUUCUACACGAAUGGCUCCCUGGAGGUGGAAAUGAGCCUCCUGCGGCUGGGCCUCCAGGAGAAAGAAGAGAAGUCCCUGCUGGUGGGGUUCAGCCUGAGCCGGGUCCAAUCUGGCAGCUCUCGAUCCUACUCAACCUGGGAUUUUCACGACUGCCCUUUCCAGAAAAACAGUAGCAACUUCCUGGUCCUCUUCUUCAUCAACACCAAGGAUCUGCAGGUCCAGGUGCGACAGUAUGGGGGACAGAAGAAGUUACUCAUCUCUCCUGGGCUCCUCCCCGAAGUGCCCUCCGAACCAGGGCUCCCGAAGCCGGGGCCCACGGUCACCCCCAAGGUGGAUAGUGGGACCGUCACCGUCAACAAGGCCAAGUCACGACCUGCGGUGUCUCAGGUUUGGCAGAGGCAGGGCAGGAGGGAGAAAGGCCUACCCCGGGGUGGGGGGUGGGGGGGUAGGGACCCGGGCCCAGCUGAUGGAGGGGUUCUGUCCCCUCAGGGCCCCGGCGAGAAGGACAAGGAGCUGGUGUUGGGUCUGGGCCACCUCAACAACUCCUACAACUUCAGCUUCCACGUGGUGAUCGGCUCUAGGGCUGAGGAAGGCCAGUACAACCUUAACUUCCACAACUGCAACAACUCAGUUCCCGGAAAGGAGCACCCGUUUGACAUCACGGUGAUGAUCCGGGAGAAGAACCCCGAGGGCUUCCUGUCGGCCGCAGAGAUUCCCCUUUUCAAGCUCUACAUGGUCAUGUCCGCCUGCUUCCUGGCUGCCGGCAUCUUCUGGGUGUCGGUCCUCUGCAGGAACACGUACAACGUGUUCAAGAUCCACUGGCUCAUGGCGGCCCUGGCCUUCACAAAGAGCAUCUCUCUGCUCUUCCACAGCGUGAGGGCCUGGGGCCGGGAGCCAGGGGGGUGGGCUGCGAGGAAGAGAGCGACCAGGCCACCCCUCAAAAUGUCUAUGGACCCUGGGCUUGUGGGGGUCCAUCUGUCUGACUGUCCAUCCAUCUGUCCACCCCCAGAUCAACUACUACUUCAUCAACAGCCAGGGCCACCCCAUCGAGGGCCUCGCGGUCAUGCAUUACAUCACGCACCUGUGAGUGGCCCCUCCGCCGGGCAGGUAGCUGCAGGCGGGCAGGGGAGGGCCAGGCAUCCACCUGACCUCAUCGUCACGCCAACCCUCUGCUCCCCCAGGCUGAAGGGCGCCCUCCUCUUCAUCACCAUCGCUUUGAUCGGCUCCGGUUGGGCCUUCGUCAAGUACGUCCUGUCGGAUAAGGAGAAGAAGAUUUUUGGGAUCGUCAUCCCUCUGCAGGUGCUGGCCAACGUGGCCUACAUCGUCAUCGAGUCCCGCGAGGAGGGCGCCAGCGACUACGGGCUCUGGAAGGAGAUCCUGUUCCUGGUGGACCUCAUCUGCUGUGGUGCCAUCCUCUUCCCUGUGGUCUGGUCCAUCCGGCAUCUCCAGGAGGCGUCUGGCACAGACGGGAAGGUGGCAGUGAACCUGGCCAAGCUGAAGCUGUUCCGGCAUUACUAUGUCAUGGUCAUCUGUUACGUCUACUUCACACGCAUCAUCGCCAUCCUGCUGCGGGUGGCCGUGCCCUUCCAGUGGCAGUGGCUGUACCAGCUCUUGGUGGAGGGCUCCACUCUCGCCUUCUUCGUGCUCACGGGCUACAAGUUCCAGCCCGCGGGGGACAACCCGUACUUGCAGCUACCCCAGGAGGAUGAGGAAGAUGUCCAGAUGGAGCAAGUAAUGACCGACUCUGGGUUCCGGGAAGGCCUGUCCAAAGUCAACAAAACAGCCAGCACGCGGGAACUGUUGUGAUCAUCUGCACAUCUGGGACCAGAUGGUCCUCCUCCCCCACCCCACCGCUCCUCAUUCCAGCCCCUCUCCUAAGGUGUGUGUGGGGCAGUGCAGGGGACCGACUCCUUGGGACCCGGGUUCUGAAGAAGACAGACAGGCCCUUCUUCCCCUCCUAAGUAUCAGGCAGCUCUGUCCUCACCCGGGGACUACCCUUCACUUCCAGCUGUACAAUAAUGACCAAUCUGUUUUGCUACCGCGGUUCUUUGCCUUUCUGGGGGUUGAGGUCUAACACAGAUGUCGCGUUUAUAAUUUAGAAGCCUGCAUUGGCUGUGGGGGGAGGGGGUGCAGUGCCCAUGACUUUACACAUUCACUAAGUAUCAGUUGAGCAACCACCACGUGCUAGACCCUAUGCCAGGUGCUGAGGACAGAGCAGUGCCUGAGACCCACCUGGUCCCAGCCCUUGAGGGACUCACAGCACAGGGCGUGGGCGGCAGGGAGAGGGACGUGUCACCACGUGGUUCCCUCACUGGGCCCUCAGACCCAUGACGGCGGCUGCACAAGGCCCCCACCCAGCACAGAAGUCAGGGAAGGUGAAUGUCAUAGAAAUACGAGGGGAGAGGUCAUGCCCAGAGGAGGGGAUGGCAGGCACAAAAGCCGGAGGCAAAGGGGAAAACAAUCAUUUGAAGACUAAAGAGUAAAAAUAAGAAUAAUAGGUGGUGGAUGC